UACGGGAAUAACUCCAUUAAAUGGUGUUUACAUUCACGUGACACGAAGCCCCAGGGCUUAUAAUAUUUCUUACAAAUCACGUGACGAUGCUGUAUAUACAGCUUAUCAUACGGCAUACAAUAUAUGGGUUUUAAAGGAUUGGAUUAUCUUUAGUAGCUUCCCUUUCACGGAUUUCUGGGUAAACAGUGUCAUUGAGGAGUUGGUGUUAAACACCGCGAGGAAUUAUACUCGACUUUUGAACAGUUUCUGGUAUAUAACGUAAGUACGAGGAUGUUAACCAACACAUUAGGAUUGAAAUGUCGAGUGUCGAUCAAAACUCAUCACGUGCUAGUCUACCUCCUCGUCAGUGUCAGUCUGUCGUCCGCGUUCGACCUAACGGUGUUACACACAAACGAUAUUCACGCGCGAUAUGAAGAGACCAACAAAUAUAGUGGAAGUUGUUCAGGUGACAACUGUUACGGAGGACUUGCCCGUCUGAAGACAAAGAUCGAGGAGUUCCGAGCGUCUGUACCUAGCACUAUAUUACUGGAUGGAGGAGAUAUGUUCCAAGGGACCGUCUGGUUCAACCAUUUCGGUGGUGCCAUUACGGGUCACUUUGCAAACUUUCUCGGAUAUGACGCAAUGACACUGGGAAAUCAUGAAUUUGAUCGGGGAGUAACUGGCCUCCUUCCUUUCCUCAACAACGUAACAUUUCCUGUUCUCAGCAGUAACAUAGAUGACACGUUGGAACCGUCCAUCCAGGGAAAGUUCGCCAGCACUACUGUGCUGUCUAUUGGUGGGGAACAGAUCGGGGUUAUCGGGUACACCACCAAGGACACAGCAAUAAUCUCCAACCCAGGAUCUUUGACCUUCAAAGAUGAAAUAACGGCGGUAAGGUCGGAGGUAACACGUCUCCAAGGCCAAGGAGUCAAUAUCAUUAUCGCUGUGGGACAUGCCGGCUACCUAGUGGACACACAGAUGGCAGCAGAAGUGGAUGGACUGGACAUAAUAGUUGGAGGUCAUAGCAACACCUUUCUCUAUACAGGUGACGCCCCCUCGAAUGAGUCACCGCUAGCGGACUACCCUACCGUUGUCACACAGGCCAGUGGAAACAGCGUACUUGUCGUUCAAGAUUACGCUUAUGGAAAAUACCUUGGUGUGCUCAACGUCACGUUCAACGAUCAGGGAGAGAUAACCAAAUAUGGAGGGAAUCCCAUUCUUCUCGAUUCAAGUAUAGCAAAAAACGAAGCAGCCAAAGUCUUGUUGGAUAUAUACAGGCCACAACUAGAUGCCUUUCGAAAUAAGGUUGCUGGCCGUACAUUGGUCAGAAUGGAAGGACAACGCCUCAAGUGCCGCCUGUGGGAGUGUAACAUGGGGAACAUGAUUGCUGAUGGCAUGGUGUAUCAAAACCUUCGACACGCCGACUCCUUGGCAACAUCCAGGAUAUUCAUAGCGCUUGUCAACUCUGGAUCUAUUCGGGCCUCCUUCGACCCAGGGAAUAUAACGUUUGGACUCAUCGUGGAGGUACAACCGUUUAGGAACACGUUGGAGACGAUUCGUCUACAGGGGCGCCACCUUCGAGCAGCCUUAGAGAACAGUGUUAGUAGAUGGAACACAGUGGAUCCCUCCGGUCGCUUUUUUCAGGUCUCAGGUGUGCAUGUUACGUAUGACCUUUCAAAGGCGGUUGGCCAUAGGGUUGUAGACGUACAGGCUGUGUGUUCGGACUGUCCAGUACCGGAAUACCUUCCUUUGGACGACGACAAAAUGUACGGAGUGAUUGUAUCUAAUUUCAUCGUCAAUGGAGGCGACGGGUAUGACGUCAUCAAAAACAACGCAGAACAGGAGCAUAUUGUUGGUGACCUUGACACGGACGUGCUGACUGAGUACAUCCAGGAGAUGUCACCCCUGUACCAUGGUUUAGAGGGACGCAUCAAGUUUGUAAACGGAACUGGAGCUGAGAAUUGUGUUGGAGCGGGAUUCGUCACUCCUCCCUCAAGUUCCCUUAUACUUGUUUCUGUUUUCCUUUUGAUUGGAGUGUUAACCGGAUUCAGCUAAGAUUAACUUUCUAAAUUGGUAUAUCUACGUUUCAAUAGAACGUGAUGACUCGUAAUGUUUGCCAAGACAAUCACAUGAUUUUUUAUAGACGUUUAAUCGGGAAGCAUAAUCCUUUAAGUGUCCAGGAAAUAGACAUCAGGUGGCUUGCUUACUAUUUUGAUGCUUGUGUUAGAAAUACUCAUAUUUGGCGUUUUGUAUACAAUCUGGCUAAUAAGAGUUGGUUCAAGCUUGAUGUUGGAUUCUUAGUAAUAUAUCAAUAUUGUUUACACUUUAAACCUCUUGUUUGGUGUACGACCAGAAACUGUCACUUGAUAGUGUGUCAACCUGACAGUUGUGUUGAAAAUAAUGAUUAUAGAUGAAGUUAAAAUUGAUCCUUUUAAAUUAAUUGGCAUAUAAUGAAGCCCAUUGCUGUUUCACUUAAUCAGCAUUUGCCUAAAAAUGCAUGUAUGCAUGGAAUAGCGUUAGUUUUAAGAAGAAAGCUAGAGUAUUUGAAAUCAGCAACUUGUCAAUGACGUGUAUUGAUUCCAAUUAACAAUGAAAUAAACAGACUGCUUACGUGUUUGAAACGGUAAGAGUCGCCUUUUUGAAUAGUCAAUAGGCAUUCUGAAAGUUAAAAUACAGUCACUAUACAGGCCAGAAAAUAAGUGAUUGGCUUAAAAUACAUGCUCUCUGGAACCAAGUAUGAGGAAAUGCAAUGAUGCAUUUUUAAACUAAAAUUAAAACUAAACGUUCACGUUAUAGAGUAAUGAAACAAAG